AAUUGUCAUGUUUAUAGAGGGCGGGGUCUGUGUGGGCCUUUUAUUCUAUCGCACUUGCGUUGGGUUUAGAAUGACGCUAUAUGGCGUUGAUUUUGUGCGCUGAGGAGGAAAUACAAGUUGGUGACGAAUGCUUUAGUGGCAUGCACCGACGGCGAUACAUGCAAUAUAUACACAGCAAAUUUGUAAGCUACAUGUUCACAGUGCUACACGAAUUACAUUUCUCUUUUGAUUCGUAACUGAGAUAAAUAUUGAGCUGAUUAUCUUCAUUAGAAUGCCAAACCAAUGAGAGAAAACGGGGCUUGUCGACCUCUAACACAGUCAGCAUAGUCAACAUGGUUCCCAGAGAAAUUUGCAGAGAUGGAAACUAAAUUGGCAUACUGCAUAUGAUCAAGCUGAGUGUCAAGCUGAGUGUCAAAAUGUGAACAUUUUUAUUACCUAUUGUUAAAAGAAAAAUUCUGCCUUACACCUGAUAUGCCCUAUCAAAAGCACCUUGAAGUUGAAGAAGAAACCUGUGACUGACAAAACUAUGCCAUAAUGCACGACUUAUUCAGCCAAGUGCUGUCCCGAAGAGAUCUCUCGCGGGCCGGAGAUCUCUUCUCUGUACCGGACUCCGACAUCGUCCACGAUCUGUCUGCUGCCCUCUACUGCAUUCAGGAGAUAGCGUCCUCUGAGAAUUACGUGAGGAGUGACAACGACCAGGCCGUUGUGGAGAUUUGCAUCACAAGAGUCACGACAGCAAUCAGGGAUACUGGUUCCAUUGAAGAGCAUGUGGAAGCCCUGGUGUCUCUCUGGCAGUCUUGUCUUCAUCACAAUCUCAAGCUUACCACGAGAGAUGAGGAUCCACCCCAUGCCAAGAUCGCCUCGGACAUCAUGAGCUGCUUGUUUAUGCAAAACUACGGCAAGCGGAGCGUGAUGGAGCUGGCUCUUCCGGUGGCGAUACGCUUCCUGCGUCACGGGAAUCGAGAUCUGAUUAGGAACGUGUCUAGUUAUCUUGCCCUGGCUGCUAUAGAGAAUGCACAUCUGCUUGCAGAGCACUGCAGAGCUAUCAUACAGAGCAUCACUCAAGGCAACAGAUCCCUAACCCGUAUCCUGCCGCAGAUCUACACUGAAGAUCCUGGCCCCAUUGAGGACUGUCUUCCAGACCUGGUCUCCAUUCUACCAGACUGUGAUGAGAACGAGAAGUCCAACAUCCUCCAACUCAUGGCACUCAUGGCUAAAAGGAAACCUAAAAUCCUGAAGGACUAUGUCCCUGUCCUGGUGGCCAAUCUGAACAACCCAACGACCUCCCAGACAGUGCUUUCAGCCCUGGUCGACAUCGCAUCCAUCGACCCAGCUCCGUUCACACUCUGCCUCGCCCAACUGCAGGCCGGGAUCAGGAGACAGCCCGGGUUACUCUCCAUGGCUGGCAAGAUAUUUGGUGCUGUGGGCAGGCUUAGUCCUGAGGCUGGUGAGGACUGUAUCGAUUUCCUGGUCCAGGAACUUGCCUGCGUGGACCAGACCGCAUUACCCGCCAUCCUGAUCGAGAUCAAGAGCAUAGGGGACCGGCACAAGGGGAUCCUGGGUCCGUACAUACGACAGAUCAGCAUGCAGAGCCAGAGCAAUUCCACGGCGGCUCGUAUGAUAGUUCAACAGCUGCAGAGGGACACGGUGGGCAGCGAACAUGGGCUGCACAGACCAGUGAGUAUGAUUGAACCAAGACAUCUAUCCCAGGAUAACAGGCCAUUCAGCGCCACCAAUAUCAGUCAAAUGUCCGAAGAGAGGAAGAAAUUGUACCGCAAAGCCCAAGGGCGCCCUCACACACGCAGCGACAUGCAGGGUUCCUUGCAGCCCCUACGGCAUCCGGGGCACGCAUAUUCAGAACAAGCCUUGCACCUCCACCACACCACGCCUCUCGGCGUCGGGCGUGUCAACUCAAACAGUCUGGGUGUCCUGGAGAUGGCCGGGAGGAGCGAGAGCAAAGGGAGCGUGCAAUCGAGUGCGGGCAACACGGCGGCGCUCAAGUCAGGGCCGCGCAAACAGACUGCGACGACAUCACCUACAAGGAAGUCGGAAUUCGAACGCAAGAUAAACAACAGGCAGCACCGGGCCAGCAAAGGAAGCCUAAAUCUUCACGUUUCAUUAACGACUUCUCCCGAGAACGAAAGUGCAACUUCACCGAAGUCUCCCCCGCCAUCCUCGGCACAAACUCACGCUGAAGCGAAUGGUAAUUCCACGCCUACGCGUAGGACAUCCCUACAAGGCAGAGUCUCACCCUCGAGCACGACCACGCAGUCGCCAACGUCGCAGAACUCUCCAGGGAUCAACGACGGUCCUCGGUUGAGCGUUAGACUCUCAAUGACGAGUGGCGGGAGUAAUCGAGAUAGCAGCUUGCAGCAGUACCUGUUCAAAAGGCAGAGAGAAAUGAUCAGUUACAUGGAUUCUAUCAAAGAUAGGAUUCCCAUCCCAGAGGAAUGCACAGUGCAAGAGGACAUAAGGAACAGACCGGUAGGGAGGCUGGACUUCUUUUGCUCGUUAAAGGAACCUCAUUGCCUCUACAGCACCCUGCCAUUCUCCAUGGAAACCAAACAAAUGUUGCCAUGGAUACAUCUCAAAUAUUUACAUCUCCAAGCUUCCUCUCCCACCCCAGUAUCGCUGGACGAUAAUGCAGUGCAGAGCCUCAAGAAGAGCUGGGAGAAGCAGAAGACCGUCGGUGGCAACAUGACCUUCCUCAAACUCAUCACCCAAAACUUCCCACAAGCAAAGGUACAACAAGGUUUGAUAAGGCAGCUGUGUCGAGCCAGCUACUAUGAUAUGUUCACCUAUAAUACCAAGACAUGUAACUGGACGUGUUUUCUCUGCAGCAAUCCAAAUAAAAUGGACAAAAUGGUGAAGCUUGGGGCACCUGAUUCAAUGCCAUUUGGAAUAAAUGCUGAAGAUUUGAUUGCAGGGGAUCAACCCCUCAUCGAAGGUCAGCUGAAGGAGAAGAAAGUCCGCUGGAAACUCUUCAGGAGAUGGAAAACACGCUACUUCACCCUGGCUGGAGAGAGACUACUCUACAGCAAAAACAAAUCGCAGAUGACAGGGACCCUACCCAUUGAACUAAGCAAGGUGCAGAGCGUCAAGACGUUGCGUCGGCGUGACCGCAGCAUUCCAAAGGCCUUUGAGAUCUUCACAGAGGACCAGAAGACGUACGUCUUCAAGACGCGGGACGGAACCAACGCUGAGCAAUGGGUACAGUGCCUCACCUUGGCCAUGCGACAGCGUCAGGCAAGUUUCCGUAGCGAUAACGAGUCAACGACAUAGAGUUGAUGCACACUAAGGGGAAGUGUUUGUUCAGCAUAGAUUCCUGGAUCGUGACAGGUUACGUUAAUCGUGUGUGCUUUAACACAUCAUGCUAGGAGACCCCAUGAACAGUCACCGACGAACAGAGCGACGGCAUGUGGCACACCUCCGCAAUCACCUGGGGGGUGUUUCACAAAGAUCCUUAGUUGAACUUAUCUCUAAGUUGGACUUAAAAAUUUUGG